AUGGCCGAACCCGAGCAAGUUGAGCCGCUGCAUCUUGAGCUAGAAGACCGCGAGGUGUACCUUGCUAAAAUCCCAACUGCUCUUGGAGUGUCUUGGAAAAACGUGCAAGAGAGUGAGCUGAUGCUGGGGUCUAUCAAGCUGGAAAAUAAAAGCGUGCUGGGCCGUCGUAAGGGAAUGCUGACAGUAAAUCCAAGCACACUGGAAGAAGACAUCCCAACCGAGUACCGCGUGGAAAUUAGCGAAACGCCGCUGAAGCUCAAGGUAUUUUCACUUGAUGGCUCCGGUCGGAUGGCUAUUGAAGGCACAGUGAAAAAUAGCUGCACUAUCAUGGCGCUGCGAAACGAUCAGUAUAGCAAGAUGUGCAAGAAGCGUCUGAUAAAAUCAAUGGUUAAGACAAGAAUUGUGCAGCCGUUAGAAGAUCUUCCCCGCGUAAAGAAGGCCAGAAUCCAGUUCACCAUCGAAAAGGCUGAAGCCGAGGGCGAGGAGGAUGAUACUGAUUCAAGGCUAUGGGAAAAGUCGGACAAGAAGAUCAAGAUGAGCAAAGAUGAAUUAAAAAAUCUUGUCUUUCAUCACUUUGAAGAGCGUGACUACUGGCCACUUAAGGAGCUCAACUAUCAUUGUCGUCAGCCCGAGUCACUGUUAAAGGAGAUUCUAAAGGAAAUCUGCGUUUACCAUCGCAAGGGACCAAACAAGAGCUGCUACGAGCUCAAGCCUCAGUACAAAGAUGGUGUCUCAUCGAAUGCCUAA